AUAUUUGGACAUCAAAUUUACAAUCCAGUUUUUUUCUUUGGCUCAUACCAAUGGAAGGGAAAGUGUUCUUGGGCCAAUACUUAAUAUGGGUGUUGAUACUGAUGGGGCAGCUACAUGGAUACAAAAGCUGCAUUCAGAAAGAACGGAAUGCUUUGUUGAAGCUCAAGAAAUACAUAAUCUCAAUUAGUGAAGAAGGGGAUUUCAACUUUUUUUUCAAUACUUGGACUAAUGACACGAAGAGCGAUUGCUGCCGGUGGGAGGGUGUUGAGUGCAAUCGUACAAGCCGACGGGUUAUCAGACUUUCCACUGGUAAAUCCUCUGUUGUAGAGGAUUCUCAACUAAAUCUUUCUUUGCUGCAUCCCUUUGAAGAGGUUCGAAGUCUAGACUUAUCUGGGGACGGAGCGUAUGGAUUCAGUGCCUUGUUUGAUGAUGUGGAAGGUUAUAAAAGCCUAAAGAGAUUCAGAAACCUGGAGAUUCUGGAUUUGUCUUCAAAUAAAUUCAACAACAGCAUCUUUCCCUUUCUUAAUGCCGCUACAUCACUCACAACUCUGUUUCUUAAGUCCAACAACAUGGAUGGCUCUUUUCCUGUUAAAGAACUUAGAGAUUUGAUGAAUUUGGAACUGUUGGACCUGAGUGGAAACAGAUUUAAUGGCUCCAUACCAGUACAAGAGUUAACUUCCCUGAGAAAGCUGAAAGCUCUGGAUCUAAGUGGCAAUGAAUUUUCUGGUUCAAUGGAAUUGCAAGGGAUUUGCAAAUUGAAGAAUAUACAAGAGCUUGAUCUCAGUCAAAACAAACUUGUAGGUCAAGUCCCCUCAUGUUUAAAUAGCUUGACUGGACUUCGAGUUCUUGAUCUAUCAUCGAACCAAUUAACUGGGAAGGUACCAUCUGCUCUGGGUAGCCUUAAAUCCCUUGAGUACUUGUCAUUGUUUGAUAAUGACUUUGAAGGUCAAUUCUCAUUUGGAUCGCUCGCCAACCUCUCAAAGCUUAAGGUGUUGAAACUUUGCUCAAAAUCCAACACACUUCAACUAGUGUCGGAAAGUUCCUGGAAGCCAAAGUUUCAGUUGAGAGUUUUGGCACUACGAUCUUGUAACUUGGAGAAGGUUCCUCAUUUUCUCCUACACCAAAAGGAUUUGCGUCAUCUUGAUCUCUCUGACAACAUUAUUUCUGGAACUUUUCCUUCUUGGGUGUUGGCGAACAAUACAAAACUCGUGGUUUUGCUUCUGCAGAAUAAUUCUCUUACGAGCUUUCAGCUGCCGACCUCUGCUCAUAACCUGCUUUCCCUGAAUUUGUCAGUAAACAAAUUCAAUCAUCUCUUUCCUGAGAACAUUGGGUGGAUACUUCCUCAUUUACAGUAUAUGAAUCUAGCGAUGAAUUGUUUUCAAGGAAAUCUGCCAUCAUCUCUGGGUAACAUGAAAAAUAUUCAAUAUUUGGAUAUAUCUCACAACAGUUUCUACGGGAAGCUACCAAGAAGUUUUGUAAAGGGUUGUUAUUCCUUGGAGUACUUGAAGUUGUCACACAACAAACUAAGUGGAGAGAUUUUUCCAGAAUCAGCAAACUUUAGUCGUAUAAGUGUGUUGUCUAUGGAUAACAAUUUGUUUACAGGAAAGGCCAGACAAGGUUUGCGGAGUUUGACAUCUUUGUCUAUGCUUGACAUCUCAAACAACAAUCUCACGGGUGUUAUUCCAAGUUGGAUUGGCAAACUUUCAUCAUUGUCUGCACUACUGAUUUCAAAUAACUUGUUGGAAGGUGAAAUACCUGUUUCUCUGUUCAGCAUAUCCAGUCUUAGGCAACUGGACCUCUCAGCAAACAGUUUAUCUGGGGACAUACCGCCACACGUCAAUUCCACAGAUGGGCUAGUGUUACUCUUGCAAGACAAUAAUUUGUCAGGAGUUAUUCCACACACAUUGCUAGCAAAUGUCAAAAUACUUGAUCUAAGAAAUAACAGAUUGUCUGGAUAUAUUCCAGAGUUCAUCAACACGUGGAACAUCAGUAUUCUGCUUCUACGGGGAAAUUAUUUAACUGGCCGCAUCCCCCGCCAGUUAUGUGGUCUAAGCAACAUCCAAAUUCUGGAUCUUGGCAAUAAUAGACUAAAUGGAUCCAUACCUUCUUGUCUUAGCAACACAUCCUUUGGUUUGGGGAAAGAGGAUACAUCAUACGACUAUGAUUACGAAAUUUUUUCUUCGUUUGUCGAUUCCUUACAUGUUGAUUUAUAUUUCGAGUCUCUGCUCAUGCUUGAACGGUUUGGUAUGGACUACGAAGCAGGCGCCCAGACGAAAGUUAAAUUUGCAACAAAGCAUCGAUAUGAUGCCUACAUGGGUGGAAAUCUCAAAUUAUUGUUUGGAAUUGAUCUCUCAGAAAAUGAGCUGAGUGGUGAGAUCCCAGUUGAGCUUGGAGGUCUUAUGGAACUACAAGCUCUUAAUCUUUCUCACAACUACUUUUCAGGAGUGAUACCAAAAAGCUUUUCAGGUCUGAAGAAUGUAGAAAGCCUUGAUCUCUCCUUCAACAGAUUACAUGGUCGGAUCCCACCACAACUAACAGAUUUGAGCAGUCUUGCUGUGUUCAAUGUCUCAUACAACAACUUGUCAGGAGUUAUUCCAGAGGGAAGACAGUUUAACACUUUUGAUACGCAAAGCUACUUAGGUAAUCCUUUGCUCUGUGGAAAACCAACCAACACGAGCUGCGACAACAAUAACUUUCAAGAAGCAGGUAAUGAAGUGGAAGCUGAUGAAUCUUUAAUCGAUAUGGUAUCUUUCUAUUGGAGUUUUGCUGCAGCCUAUGUGACAAUACUUCUUGGAAUGCUUGCAUCUCUCUCAUUUGAUUCUCCUUGGAGCAGAGCUUGGUUCUACAUCGUUGAUGCUUUCGUCCACAGGAAGGUGUUGUUAUCCAUGGUGUGUUACUGAGGAAUAUCAGCCAUAUGCUUCCGAAUCUGGUAUGUAUGAAUGGCUCUGAUACGGUUCCAAGGUAAUUUUCCAUCGUCUGUAGGUGAGAUGAAGAAGAUUUCACUUUUGGACCUGUCUCUUACAAUAAUUCUCCUAGAAGAUUUAUUCACGGGUUGUUUUUUAUGAAAAAACCUGCAGAUCCUCGCAAAAACAUAUUUAUGCCAAGAUGACAUCUUAUUUCAAGGGAGAUCAGAGUCGGAGUUUUUUUUCUUCCGUAACAUGGAUUCCAAUCCAUAUAGUAAAAUCAUAGUACUCUAAGUUCUAACAUAACAUACUCUUUUUUUUUUUUUUUUUUUUUUUGGAAUCAACGCAUAACAUACUCUCGGAAAAUCUCUUUUUAUCAAAAAAGAAAAGAAAAACAUACUCUAAAUCGACUGCACGGCGUCGGAGCUCGACGACGACGAAAUGUUGCUAUUAAAUCCGGUGCCGUUUUAAUAGUGGCAGAAUCAACCCUUGUUGUGAGGCGUAACCAAUCCAAGAGAGCCACAUCAUCAACUCCGUGAUCCCUGUGCAAUUUCCUCAACUCUAGUUGGCAGUUUUAACUGAAAUAUUUCUUGGUAUUGUUAGUAUAAAAAUUCUCUUGGGACAUUUUAACAAGAAUCUUUUCCAA